AUGAAGUUAGUUACGAUUGGCACUCAUGCAAUUCUGGGCGAAAGAGACCUGCCGGCUCUGAAAACAGCCACGAAACAGGAUGCGACAACUACAGAACAAGCUACCAGCAAGAAUGAUGAUCAGACUAAGACUACCACCACCAACGACAAGCCUAAAUCUACAAAUACAGGAAAAGAUGAUCAGACGACAACCAAGAAGAAGGCAAUGCCACAUUUAACAUCGAAAACUACAUCGACCAUCGAUUCAGCACAGACGUCGUUUUCUUAUUCCUCUUCUUCCUCUUCGCAUUACACGACUCCGACCAUAGAUAUUCCAUCAGCGAAAGGAAAUCCCUAUGUGUGGUCAUCAGAUAAGCCCACGGGUACAGUGUUUAUUGCAGUUGGUGCAGUUGCUGGUUUCCUAUUUCUCGCUGUUUUGAUCUUUUUACUCGUGAAUAGUUGGAUAACUUACUCGCAAGCUAAACAGUUGAAGAGGUUUAACAAUAUUGAAAAGCAAUUUCAGAAUCCAUUCAUUGAUGAUAUUGAUUUUGGAUCUAGUGGUGGAUACUACAAGGCGGAUGCCGAUGAGGAUGAUGCUUCAGUAGCGGGUGGAAGUCCUGCUAAAAAAAAUAAAUCCAAGCAUAAUAAACACUCUCGAAACAAUUCUUCAUAUGCCCCAUACAAGCGGGCAUCACAUAGCAUGAUCCGAUUACUAGGAGGCUCCACGGACGAGCUGACAAAUCAGACUUCACCAAGUGUAGGUGGGAACAACAUAUACAUGCAUCAGCAUGGAAUGGACUCCCUGAAUGGGCUGGAGAGAGUUGAAGCGAUUGAUGUUGCCAAUCUGGAGCAAAGAAAGUCGUUAUACAUAUCACCUACUAUGGAAGUUGUGAACCAACAACGUCGGUCCACGCUUUUCAACAAUUUGAACCAAUCUGUGCUUUCAAUGGACACUCCAGAUUCGAGAGAGACCGAACCUGUGAAGGAGCCUCCACGGACUGUUUCACCGGAAAGAAGGACAUAUAAACACGAGAAGAACGCUUCAAGUUUAAGUAAACUUGUCGAUUCAACGAUAGACCUGACUGCUGCCACUACCUCACAACAAAACAGAGUGAAAACGCAUAAAAAGAACACAUCGAUUACACCAUCCGAAUUCUUAGAGCAUAUGUUAGAAGAUGAUGAUUAA